AAUACUCUUUUGAAAAUUAUUAAUUUUAUUGUAUUUGUAGGUUAUCUUGUUUUCUUGACAGCUAAACUGUCUCGCUGUUCUCUUUUAAAUCUUUUGACGUUAAGCAAAACUAUCUGUAUGCAAAUUCGAUUGGUUGUCCAAGAAAGCUUAUCAAUUGACAGUUACUCUUCUAGGUUAAAGAAAAAAUACUUGCGAAUAUCAAUUGAGUAAGAAAUAAACCUAAAUUUUAUAAAUACAAGCGUUCACAAGCCUCAUAAUCAGUUAAAUUUGUUUGAAUGGUUCUACCUGGUAAAUUUUCCUCUGCAAACCUUUUUUGAUAUAAUUAGCACAAGCUUAAAGAGUUUUGUAUACCUUUAAUAUAACAGAGACACAGCAUUUACCUGUCAAAGAAGAUUUAUUUUGUAAGUCAAUUGUUGUGAGAGACAGCAGACAAAAUUCAUUCAAUUCAAUAUUGUUCAAGUUCCUGGUGUUACAUUUUGUUAAAAGCAGUUCAGUGUUAAUUCACCCUUAACGCGUCCAGUGGCUAAAUGUGCGAACACAAAUUCUCUACCAUCCACUGAAUACGAACACUAAUUUCGUUAAGUUUUUCUUUCUAUAUCUUGACGAAGAAAAAAAGUAAAUGUUUGGCUGCUGUCAAGUCAACACAAUAAUUUCUAAAGAAAAAUAUUUUCUCUGCUUUGCUUUAUAAUUUCUAUAAAGAAAAAUUAAGUUUCAAUAAAUAAAAACAAUUUUCCAACAUAUGGCUCUACAUAAAUAAAUUUAAUUCAACUUCAAAGUGGCAUAAGAUUAAAGUGAAAUCAUUGGGAAUAGAAAAAGAAGUGAAAAAAUAAUUUUGUUAUUCAAUGGAUACUGAAGAUGUAUCCACUAAGCGAGGACGUGGACGCGGUCGUGGUGCCAGAGCUCGUGGACGAGGUCGUGGCCGUGGACGAGGUCGAGGUAAAAAAGCAGCAGUUGUUGUAUCGUCUGAAGAUGAGGCAACGCUCGAUCGUUCGUUGGAAGCUGCAGCUGCAGCUCCAUCAUCUUCCGCAGUUCCGCCUUCGCCGGUUAAUGAUGCAAUAAAGAAAGCGGCCUCCGACUCUGUUGAGCCGGUAGUAGCAAUGGAAACAGACGACCCUGCUGAUACAACAGGAGCCGCUCACAUUAAAGAUGUAAAUAAAGAAAACGAACCUGAUGCGCAGGUUGCAAUGCCGCCUGAAGAUGUCGUCGCACCCAUUGCGGCCGUUGACGACGUUCAACCAAUGAUUCCAGCAACGAUUGAUAUGGAAGCGGAUAUAUCGCAGCUUGAAGCUCCAACCUUUACAACCAUCUCUCGAGGACCACCUGAGCCUAUGUUGCGUCUGAAAUGGGAUCACAAAGUCUCAUUAAUAGGGGAAAAAGUCCUGAAUCCCAUGAUUCACUGCUGCGACCAAUGUGACAAGCCAAUUUUACUCUAUGGUCGGAUGAUUCCGUGCAAACAUAUCUUCUGCCUGAAGUGCGCCCGAGCUGAACCCGUGAAGAUUUGCCCGCGUUGCAAGGACAAAGUUGUCCGAGUGGAACAGAGUGGCUUGGGAACGGUCUUCAUGUGCACACAUGGAGGCAGUCGCUAUGGAAACACCGGAUGCAGGCGAACAUAUCUCUCUCAGCGAGAUCUACAAGCGCAUAUAAAUCAUCGCCACGUAACACAACUCCUUAGUGGAAUCGGCGAUCCACUGGCUUUGAAAUCCCUCAAUACAAUAGACACACUCAAAAACUUACCCCUGCAGCGAAAGAUAUCCGAAGGUUCUGCCAAUCCCCCAGUACCGACUUCAACGAUCCUUUCCAAUCGACCUCAAAUCCGACCGACACCAGUUACGUCUUCCAAUCUCACUCAAGCCAAUAUUGCUCGCAACAACAUGGUUAACUCUCAGGAUUGUCAUAUUGGAAAAAUCUCGCUGCAUCAAUCGAUGAAGAAGCCACCCAUAACUCAGGCACAUCAUCAGCAACAAGAGACGGUGGCCGAUGCUUCAUAUUACAGCAGUGUACUAAGCUCAUACGGAGUUCAAGCGCAAGGUUUUAGUAGUUCUUCGCAGAAUUAUGGACCAGUUCCAGCACCUGGAGUUCCUCCAGUAUCUGGAGGUUCGGUUGUAGGCGGAGCAUCUGCAGCAGCCGCAGCUGCUGCACAGACUGCUGCCAGUGUUGGAUUCUAUAAUUACGGACAGCAAUACGGGCCACCACAACCGCCGGCCCCUGUGCCACCAUUUACUCAUGGACAAUUCGAUCAGGGAACGCUGCCAACGAAUAAUCCCACCUCUCAGGCCUGGAAUCAACAGCAAUACUACCGGUAGAAGAUGCGUAGUAAAUUAAUAUCUAAGAUUGUAGUAAUUUCAAAAACAAAAACUUAAAAAAAAGUAUUUUUAAAAAAAUAA